AAUUGGAGAACAAGAAUGGCAGAGCUGAAAUUAGUGUUUGACAUAUUUUUAAAAAGCUUUGCGUCACCCAAAUUAAAAACUGAAGAUACCAAAAAGUUGCAAAUCGAAGCACAAUUCAAUAAUAAGAAUAUAUCAAUAACAGCGAGUCGCAUCAAUGUCAAUGAUUUCAAUCCCAACGCCAGUACAGACUUUAAGGAGAAAGAUAGGAAACUCCGCGAGAAUCUGGAAAACUGUGGCAUGACCUUCACAGUGAAGUUUAAUGGUCGCCUUUUUGGUAACGGACGCGUUAAUUUCCCAGAUAAAUUCAUUAAUAGCAUAAAAGACGGCAUGUCAGAUCUGAUACACGAAGACAAAUGCAGCAUUGAGGACAAGGACAAGAAGGAAGUUGGUAAACUGGAGUUUAAGUGCCGUUUAAUCGUUAAAUGCGAUGGCCCCGAAGACAGCGUGUGCCGUCGGAAUAUGGAUGCAAGCAUUAAUCCCGAGGACAUAAUGUUUGUCAUGGGCGAGUUACAGAAAUGUGCUGAUCCCUGUGACGCUUGUCGCGAUGUCCUGGAGCCAGAGGAAGGCGAUGAACGACUUCAUUUGGAUCUACAACGAUAUCGCAGUGUUGGAAUGACAGCUCCGACUCCCGCGGAGACCCUUCAACAUAAUCCAGCUUGUAAUGCCAUCACCUCUGAGCUACAGAAAAUGGCAAAGGAAUGCGAGGAGACUAUAGACUCGAUACUCAGAGGCACUGAUCCAACGAUGUCACCAAUACAGCCAGAGAUAGAACAGAUCAAUGGAGACUCUAAGCAGAAGCCAACCGAUAUUGAUAAGGAUGAGGAUAACUCAGAUGAAAUUCCCGGCGUUAAGCCCAUAAGAUCCUGUCCCAUCUGCUUGAAUAACAUGUCUUGGCUGCCCAAAUUCGCCUGCUGUCCCAAAUGUGGUGCAAAGCCCAUGCCAAUUGUCGAGGAACGACUUAAGGAUAAGGUGCCAACGGCAGAUGAAAUUCUAGUGGAAUACCUGGGUAAACCACAGCCGACCUUGGAGGAAUAUUGCCUAGAUGCGGAGGAGGUAGAAAAAGAAAAAGAAAUAAAAACGGAAAAAGCUCUUCAAUGUCGUUGCACCUGUAGGAGGGGUAAAUUGUGUGCCCAUUGUCGUGUACGUAUUGUGUGCAAGGAUAUCUUUAAAACUGAAAGUGAGUCAAGACGUGGCUCUAAGCGUGAGUCUAGGACUGAGCCCGGUCAAGAGUCUGCGCCUGAGAGUGAGUCUGUCCCACAGUCCCUUGCCACCGAAGACUAUACAGAGGAGCUUCCAGAUGAGCGUCAUACACACUUGGCGCGUGUAUUCUCCGAGCUUUGCUUUCUGUACCACAUCAAAGUUUCCAAUUCCUCCAGCGACAUUCAAAAGAUAUGUGGUCCCAAAAGUAAUCGAAAAAGAAAUGGUCUCAACGAGAAAAGCGAUCAGGUUCCAAAAAAAAAAGUAACGAAUGAUCAGGAAAAAAAAUCCAACUCGGGAGAAACAAAUGUUCAGAAGAAAGUAUCAAAUGCAGGAGAUGCUAAGGAUGAGAAAAGAAAAUCUACAAAUGAUAAAAAAAGAAAGUCCAACUUAAGAAACUCUAAAGCAUCCCCCCGAAAUAAAAAGGACAACUCUGGUGAGGAAGAAAAGCCUCCAAUUCCCGCUAGACUUGGCUGGGAUUGGAGAACAGAUCCGGCUAGCAAAAAGGGCUGGCGACCCGGCGCCGUACGCAAGCCCAUUAAAAAGUUAAUGGACUUCUUUUUACGGGAUUUCCCAGAGGAGACUGCAACGAAUAUAAUUAAGAAAACGGAAGCUGAACAAAAGGAAAAGGAACGUAGCAAGCACUCGAUGCUAAAUGUGUGUAAAAAGAAUGGCGAGAUUUGCAUAACAUUCCGAUCUGCUGACCCCGCCAAUGAGAAGAAUCUCAUUGUCUACAAGGUACUGAAAAGUGAUCAGGCUGCGAGGCUCAGUGAAAUGAAGAAAAAGCUGAAAGAGAACGGCUUCCGUAAAUGCACCUGUCACAAGUCCGUAAUGUUGUGCGUCUGUCGCACAACGACCGAAAAGAAGGAACUUGAGGCGGCUCUGGAAGAGGAGUGUACGGCACGUGGUAUACCUGCCUGUCCAGAUGAACUGAUUCUCACCGACACCAGCGAAAGUGACUUGGAGUAUGACUUUGAUGUGUCUCCACUUCUGGGGGCACCAAAGCUGCUCCCACAAAUGGGACCAUGCUCCAAAUGGAUGAAUAAAGACACACAGACAGCGAAGGAGGAUCAAAAGCUUAAGCCCAAAUAUCCGAUUGCGCAGAAUCCGUAUUACAAACCCUUCAAUUGUGCGGUACGUUCAAUGAAAGCAGCAGCAGUUUCCUACGUUGAGGAUAAUGAUGAGGGAGAUAAUAAUCAAGAAAAUGAUGGUAAUCACAAUGGUAAUAGCGGUGGAGGUGGAGGUGGUAAGAGAGGUAAUCCGGGCCGUGGUAAUCCCAGUAAUUCGGGCAAUAGAAAUGGCAAUGGUAAUAAUAAUGGAAACAACCAUGCAAGAAGCAAUAAAAAUAGUAAUGGAAAUAACAAUGCACGAGGCAAUAAUAAUAAUAAUGGAAACAGCAAUGUAAGAAAUAAUGUUAAUAAUCAUGGAAACAACAAUCCCAGAGUUAAUAAUAGUAAUAAUGGAAACAGCAAUAUAAGAAAUAAUGCUAAUAAUAAUGGAAACAACAAUCCAAGAAGUAAUGUGAAUAAUAAUGCAAACAGCAAUGCAAGAAGUAAUGUUAAUAACAGUGGAAGAAACAACAAUCCAAGGGGCAAUGUUAACUCUGGAAACAAUCCAAGAGGCCAUGUUAAUAGCUCUGGAAACAGCAAUGUAAGAAGUAAUGUUAAAAAUAAUGUAAACAAUAAUGCAAGAGGCAAUGGAAACAGCAAUAGAGUAGUUGCUGGCAAUAAUAAUAAUGCAAAUAACGAGAAUGUUUCAAUUGCAGUUGCCUUGCCAAAACGUUUACAGAAAGAUAAACAAGCAGCUGCCAAAGCUGUCGAAGAAAUCAAAAAGAAGCAGCAGGAAGAAAAGAGCAAGGCUUUAAAGAGAAAAUUCAUGGAAAUGGCAAAAGCUCCGCCCAUCGAUAGGAAAAAGGCGCUACGCGCUCUUCUCAAUACGUUGCCUCCUCCAGUUGAGUCUAUACCACGAAAAGCCCGAGCCAGUGCUGCAUGUGAUGAUUGUUGUUAUGAUCCGGUUCCCGAUCUAUGCUACAAUUCUUGCUAUACUGAAUGCUGUCCGCGUUAUUUCUAUUGCUGUUGAUCGAAAUACCCUGUGAAAUGUGCAUUGGACAACACUUAUUAGUAGUGGUUUUUGAACCGACAAAAUGUGCGACUCGCUUCAACUUUAGGCAACGAUCUUGGCUGAUCUGAUGUUACUGUGUGUGUCCCCC